AUGGAUAGCAAAGAGCUACUGCCAAGGCAACAGGAUGAAUUGCUGUCGGAACAUCUCUCGGGUGUUGGAGGAUACCCUGCUGCCUCUCGAAGAUCUUCACAGUCUCUGACAUCACCCCCACAGGCACAGGCUAUGUCCCAGCAGCAAUUGUACGCGGUGCUCCAUCAACAGCAGCAACAGGAGCAGCAGCAACAAGAGCAGCAGCAACAACAAGAGCAACGGCAACAGCAAGACCAACGGCAGGAGCAGCUGCAACAACAUCGGUUUCAGCAUUCUUGGUCACAACAACCGCUUCCACAACAAGCACAAGCACACCAAGCCUAUCAACAGCAGCAACAAUACCGGCAGCAAUCAUAUCCACCACCACAUCCAUCCAGGAACCAGGAAGGGCUCUAUAUUUCGGAUCUUCAACGACACAAUUCGACGGCAUCUGCAAGAGGACCAAUGUCAACUGGCUACCAAGGUUACGGACCGCCAAUGAUGUCACCCAUGAAACAGCAGGAUGCAUUUCGUCCCAUGCCAAACAUGCAGGGUGGUCGGUCUCCAGUCAUGAGGUCCAGCAGCAUGUAUGUCGCCAACACAGGGCCACCUGGCGGUUUGCGUUACCAGCCCUCGAUGUUUCGUCCUCAGCCCCCACGAAACACCGAAUCUGCAUACCCCGAGCAACAGCAGCAGAGGCAGUACGAGCAUUUCGAACAGCAGGCACGCUACUACCGAGAUGCCAGUCCCUCAACCGCCAACGCUCAGGAUCAGUCCCCGCCUCAGCCUCCACGCGGCGCCGAUCCAUAUGGAGCGCCAUAUCGACAUUUGACUUACCAUGGAGUGUACGCUGGACAACCUCAGCCUCGACCACCUCUUAACCCUCGACAGCAACAAAUUCAACAGCUUCAGGCUCAGCGGUCACUCAACCUCGGUUAUUUGGGACCAAAUCGCUUCUCUAUCGCAUCCCGAGAUCAGCUUCCCACAGCACCCUCGCCAUCAGUUUUUUCGGCCACCCAGCCUGAACCCAAAUAUCCAGAAGCGCUAGGCCCAUCAACCAAACCUGCAGAAGAGAGCGAUGCUGGAUCGAAUUCACACCCUUCCGCCUCAACGGAUUCGCUCGCACUGUCAGAGUCGGGAAUUGUCACAGGGCCGUCACAUGAGCCUUACCGUAGAGGCAACCGCCGCAACAGUAUCUACUCUACAUAUUCGGUUGGAUCUCCUGUGACAUCAGAGAGGGUUCUUCGGCCCAUGUCGGCUGUGGUCGAGCCCAGUCCACGGUUCGUAGUUUCACCAAACAACACUCACAGCGCAGUUGGUGCUUCUCACAGCUCACUUGCGGGAUCAGGAUCGGACCCUCAUUGGAGUACGGCAACCCCAAGUCACGGAGGAGGAAACUCUGUCCUUUUGCAGGCCAAGGCACGAGCUGCUCAGUCGAACGCAUGCUACUCUCACCAAGUAACUCUGUCGUCGAUCCCAAGCAACGAGGAGGUGCCACCUAUGCCGGGAAAGAUGACUUCCAAGACAGGCAAAGUACGGAUCCAGCUUACGUUCGACCGACCGUUUUUCAAUGCAGGAGGCGAGCUUUCGGGACGUUUGGAGAUUCAAUGCUCUUCCUCUCGGUCUGUGAUGCUGGCCGACAUGAUUAUCGAGUUGGUUGGAUACGAAGCAUUGGCCAAGGAUCAUUUCGUGCCAAAGAUAUUUCACAAGACCGUGUUACGGCUACAGGACAUCCGGCACCCCUCACAGGCUGUACAAGAGAAUAUCGAGCCAGAUGCUGACGGCUACUGGUUGGCACGAAAGGGGCGCACCAUCUUUCCUUUCCGGCUCAGUAUCCAGGACUCCCUACCCAACUCCUACGAUUCGAAACUAGGUCAAGUCCGCUAUAUCGUCUCAGCAAUUGCGGUAAUGAAGGCGAACCAGAGCAGGGAGGUUGUGAACCAUACCCGCGAGUGCUUUAUUUAUGAGACCUGGACGACAGAUGAUAUCACAGAGGCCCGACGCAAGUCCGUCAAGGCCGACACAAGCAAGCGGUUAUUCAUGGGAGGAGAGGGCAGCCUGGAGUUGUAUGCUGAGCUGACUCGCACUAUGGUCAGCUCCGGGGGUAUCGUCUAUGUCAACGUUGGCGUCAAAAACCUCACCAAGAAGAAGAUCAUGGGGAUCAAGCUGUCGCUUUGGAGACAUAUCGCCGCAUCACACUCGCGGUCAAGCUUCAGCAGUCACUCUUCGACGCCUAGUUCUCGGGACCAGGACAAUAUCAAAAACUAUAGCGAGAUCAUUUACAAGGGUGAGGAUUUUGCGUUCGACAAUGACGAUCCUAGGGUCGUCGUCUUGCCUGUCUACAUCCCCUCGGGAGUUUACUCGUUGCGUCAUACCUCCUAUCUCCACGUUCAGUUCUUUGUCCAAGUCAGUUUGAUGGCAUCAAUGAGCAAGGCCUUGGCAGUGGAGUUACCGAUCUAUAUCGCCCACGCCUCGUCCUGGUCUGACCCUCCGCCCAGGAUACCCCGCGAUUUCACAUUCCCAGUGCAUGAGGACGAGCCCGUCAAGAAGAACAAGACUGGGGUGUUUUCCAAGAUGAAGACUAACUCGCUCCCCACUCACCAGAAUGGAUUCGUAAACAGCUCCGGAUUGAAAAAGUCGAGCGGCCUUAAUGGAAGCACUAGCAAUCUCAACGGCGUUGCCUCUGCUGCUUCGAGCAAAUCUGGAGCGUCAUCUGAAGCGACUACGUUGAAGAACGAAAGUUUACAUCCCUCGACGCGCCGUUCCAGACUCAAGGAUCCUGAUUCUCCGACGAGUGUUCUCGACUUUUCUCAAGCUGGCAACCUCUUUGUUGUCAAUCCUGAUGCUGCCAGUAUUUCUGCUAGCUCUGAGUCUGGAUCUGCCCUGAAGAAGUCCAUAUUAUCACGUCCUCCGCCCCUCCCAAUCACAUAUGACCCAGAAUCACGACCAUCGUCAACCGAGAAAUCGCCACUGAUGCUCGUUGAUACUUUGUCGCCCAAGACCACCGAGGAAGCUGAGAUGGAGCAUUUUACAAAGGAAGAGGAUGAAGAACAGGAUUUCGACAUGAGCCGAGCAACCAGCCUCACUAAGCGCAAUAGUGACAAGUCGGACAGGUCUAACAAGUCGGACAAGUCGGACAAGUCGGACAAGUCUAACAAGUCGGACAAGUCUAACAAGUCGGAAAAGUCUAACAAGUCGGACAAGUCAAACAAGUCGGGCAAGAUGGGUCUACGGAAAACUCUUGCGAAGCUGUCGAUCGCCAUUCCUUCUCACAGCAGUUCCACCCAUCACUCGGGCAUGUCCAAUAGCUCCAAGGUCAGUCCACGCGUACUACCAACCACUCCUCGGUCGUCCAAGAGUCUUACCUUGACGAGCUCGGAAGAGACGGGGUCUCCGAGAAGCGAUCAUGGAGACAGGUCGUUGUCGCGCAAGUCAAGUAGCUCUAGUAUGGGGUCCUUCACACACGGCUUUGAAAGGCACUCCUGCAAGUCGAGUACGGUAUCUACAAGGGUUGUCAACAUUUCGCCUGGAUCUGGUUCCACCGAGUCUGGUUCUCUGCUCUUGUCCAAGAUGUCGUCCUCGAGCAACGGAUCCGCCCCACAGUCCAACACAACCUCAGCCAACCCUUCGCGAUCGUCUUCGCCUGCACUUCCUUCUGCAUCCUCGAGUGCUGCUGACAGCACUGAGGAGCCCAACAUGCGAGAACGGCUUCACGAGAUUGGUCAACUGGCCAUGACGCCCGCCGUUCCAGAUGUUCGGUUGCACCGCGGCACUCCCAUUAUGGAGGAGAUGGGUCGGGAGGGUUAUUUCGAGGCAAGCGACGAUCAGCAGCAGUCCCGACCGACAACACCAGGUCCUUCCGAGAACCAGUUCAUGACCCUCCAGUCCUCCCCAGCUACGCCCAACUCUGCUAAUCGUCCAUGGGAUAUGCCUCGCAACUUUUCGACCACCAGUUUGGCUUCUUCGUUACACUCCGAGGGCGGUCAGUGCGCACAGGAGAUCCGUGACGAGUACUAUUAUGGACGGGGUAGUCGUUCGAGGAACAUGUCCAUCGAGUCUUUGGAUACACUGAUUGCACCCCCACAAGUUGGCAGGGCCGCGAAGAAUGAUGACGCUGAGUUGUACACGACGAAUGACGAGAUCUAUGACGACUCUUCAGUUCCAGUGCCACAGGGCCAUGGCCACGGUUUGGAGGCGAGCCGGGGAAUUUAUGGAUCGAUAGCUCAACAGCAAGCCCCUACGUGUGAUGGGGUUGGAGAUGGGCACCUGGCUGAGCACCGCGUUGUUCAGCAUGCCAUGUCACACCAACAGCAGCAACUCCAGCAAGAGCGAGUCCAGCAUCUCGAGUAUCAACAACAACAGCAACAGCAGCAACAGCAGCUCCAUCACCAACAAAAUCCCCAGUACCAGCAGCCACAGCAAGUCGAUCAGCAGCAACAGCAGGGAUGGAUUAGCGGGAGAUACGAGGAACCCGCCACAGCCCCCGCUACCACUCAAUCGCCUGCAGACCUCAUGUUGAACCAGCACCCAGGCAUGGAAGGGUACGCUUCGAUCACACCUUCCGCUCAACAUUCACCUGUUCGUCUGAAUGAGGUGCCUACUGGCCCUAUUUUCCAACGCGUCCAAAGCCCCGAGGCAUUUUACGGUGGUGAAGAGUACGUUCGUCCACUUCAGGCACGAACUCUCAGCCAUCAUUCUUCGCGGCCUCAUUCACGUACGUCAUCAAGUCAUUCUAUCGUUUAUCAAACCCCUGGCGACCUAAGCGGGGUUUCAACACCAAGAUCAGCCAUUUCGCUCCAGCAGAUGGAGAAUAUGUCGCGAUCAUCAUCUCCAAUGGUUCGGGACCCAAUCCUCAGGAACACCAGCAUGGAGAACGUUGUUAAAUUUGAGAGAUCGAACUCAGGAGCACUCUCGCAUACUUAUCAGCAACAAUCACCGAUGUCUCAGGAACUACAGUCGACUGUAUCGAGGGAAGGUCAGUUUACACCCGAGAUCUAUUCUACGCCCAUGUUGAGCCAGAACGAGCCUAUGAUGGAGAGCAGCAACAUCAACAACAGCGGUGGUCUUGGCGGCACCUACUCUCUUUCACCCGCCACUGGCCUCUCACAGCCAACAACUCCAUUGUCAACCUCGACUUCGUUCCAGUCCGACAACCUUCGCUUGACACCUAGCGAUUUGGGUGUCAGUAUGCAACUCGGUGGAGGCGGUGUGAGGGAUCAGCAACAGCAACAGUUCCAUUCACAGGGUUCAGGUGCGACAGGGUAUUCAGGAGCGCCUGUCUACCGUGAGGGCAAGUACAGCACAGCCCUCCAGCCAGACGUUUAUAGCCCACACCCGAGUCGAUCCAACUCUCGUCAGAUCUCACCCAAGCAAUGGCAUGCUGAGGUUCUUCUCCCCGCCCAACAUGCCGUCGUUCCUCCACAGCGGCAACAGCAGCAGUCAGUCGAGGCGAUGCCAGUUCAGGUCGUCGUGCAACAGAUGACUGUUCCUCGGCAGCCUUCUUUGGAUCCUAUGACUGCCCCCAGGCAAGUGAGCAUCCCAAGUCUGAAGGAGCAGGAUGGCGAGCAUCAGAUUGUCGUUGACGCAUCCAAGCCCCCAGGAGUCGCGUACCAGGCGGUGGUGGAUUACCAGGCUGGAGAGAUGCAGGUGGCGACUCCAGCCCUGACAGUUGAUCAGCAGUCACAGUUUGAGAGCCACUCGUUGCAGCAUUCAAUCUACAAUGAUGAGGAUCGACAGGCACUGUACCAGCCCAGGACGCAGUAUCUGUCAGCUUCUGCCUCGGUCCCAGCAUCGGCCUCGGGUUCAGCCUUGAUUUCACCCUCACGUUUGGAAUUUUUUAAUGCUCAUUCGCCACCAAUGGUGGAUGUAGCAGGAGGAAGAGAGUCAUAUGCCAACACGGACUACUUGCAACUUACUCAGCCUGUAACUGCUCUCGGAGGAGUCCCUGCAGACAUGAUGAGUGUUGUGUCACCACCUCCGAUCACAGGUCGACCAUGGAGUCAAGUUCCGUCUGCUUCUUUUGGCUCUAUCCCGGCUUCGAUGCCUAUGAAGGAUCAUCGGACAAGUCUGCCAUCAAGCGGCGCGUCCUAUCAACCACAGAGUUCUUAUGCCAGCAUCACAGAGCAGGUGCCAACCAGUCAGCGCAGUGUUGACGAUGGAGAGGCUGUUGCGAUGGCACUGCGGGCACACCAAGAGACUGUCGAUCGUCAGGAGGAGCUCACAAGGCAGCAGGAGAAAUUGGCGCGUCAGCAGGAAGUGUUGGCCCGCCGGGAGACCAUUAGUCGACAAGAGGCAGUUGCGCUCGCUCAACAUCAGCAGGAGGCCCUUGCUCGUCAGAAUGCGUUCGCACAGCAGGAAGGCAAGGCUAGGCAGGAAGCACUCGCUCAACAGGACGCGCUCUCUUACCAACAGGAGCAGCGGGAACGGCAGUUGCAACAACAUCAGCAGGCGCAACAAUUUCAGCAACAGCAACAGUUUCAACAUGAGCAACAGCAUUUGUUAUUGCAGCAGCAGCAUCAGCAACAGUUUCAAGAUUCUACUACUCGAUUCUCUGGAGGGGCUGUUAGUGGUGGUAGCCCUGGUACUCCUUCUGGACCGACGCUUGAGAUUCUGAUGAUGUCUCCCCCAACCUCUCAGCCUGCCCUUCAUCAGAACCCUGGACUUGUGCGAGGGCUUUCGGAUCAGGAGUUUUCCGGAGGAGGAGGAGGAGGAGCUUAUCGGAUGAGUCCUCGUGGGUAUGGUGAGCAGGAGAUGGGAGUCAGAGUUGGAGGACAGGUGGCACCAGGAGGACCAUCAUUGGUUGUACCGGAUGCGAUUUCAGAUUUGGCCGAGGCUAUUCGAUCGAUUCAGCCGUCUCCUGUGGGGAGUGACAGUAGUACUGGCGGGGCUGAGUCUCGAGGACACCUUUACCAUCAGCAACUGCAACUGCAACAGCAGCAUCAACUUCACCAACAGCAGCAGCAGCGUCAGCAGCAACAUGGAUUGACGCCAGUGCCACCUCGGGCCGUGGGUGAUGAUAAUAGUAUUGUCGAUGCAAGUAGCAGAAGGGCGUCUCCUCUUGUUGGUGCUGGUGGUGAUGGGAGGAUGUUGAGUGGAUCAGGCGAUAAGGAGGAGUUUGACGAGUAUCGGUGGAUGUCGCCUGGUGGAGGUGGAGGUGGAUUGAGUGUGACCAACCCAGAUCGAUGA